CACACCUGCGUUUGUAAUCGAAACGGUUGCAGAACAUAUGAACGGUGAUAUUAAAGUAAAAAAAAGUCGCUACUGAAGAGUAAUCAUGGCCCUAAUACAGCCGGUAACACGCCUCACAUCCUCCAUAAUACGCAUACUCGGCUGCAAUCCCAGCCCGAUGACACUCCAGGGCACAAACACCUACCUCCUCGGAAAUGGUAAAAAACGCAUACUUAUAGACACGGGCGAUGAGGAUGUGCCGGAAUAUAUUGAACAUCUGAAUGGUGUGCUGCGGCAAGAGCAGGCCUCGAUUGCCACCAUUAUACUGACGCACUGGCAUCACGAUCACGUUGGCGGCGUCAAGGAUAUUGUUGGUUCCACGCUGGCGGAUAAGGUGCUCCUCAAUGCAGAUUGCCAGGUCUACAAAUUUCCACGUAACGAUGCCAAUGAUAUUUGCCCGGAGAUACCAGCGCAUAUACCCGUCCGACCAUUGCUCGAUAACCAGGAGCUUGCUGUUGAUGGCGCUAAGGUGCGCAUUGUACAUACGCCCGGACAUACCACGGAUCAUGUCGUUCUUGCCACAGAAGAUGGCAUGCUCUUUAGCGGCGAUUGCAUACUUGGUGAGGGCACUGCUGUAUUUGAGGAUCUAUAUGAGUAUAUGCGCAGCUUGGAUAAAAUACUGAAGCUACGACCGGAACGCAUUUAUCCCGGCCACGGCAAUGUGAUCGAUGAACCUAGUGUCGCAAUCGAAUACUAUAUACAGCAUCGAACUCAGCGUGAACAGCAGAUAAUGCAAUUCUUUAUGCAACGACCCGGCCAGCGCUACCAGGCCAUCGAUGUCGUUAGGGUGGUGUAUAAGGAGACACCCGAGCAUCUAUGGCCAGCAGCUGCCUACAAUGUCGGGCAUCAUCUGAGCAAGCUGUUCAAGGAGCGCAAGCUGCUACUCACCGAACAGGACGACGAGAAGUACUAUGUGUACCAGCCUAGUAGUGCGCUUUGAAAAUCCUUUUACAAUUAGAUGUUGUCGUCUGUUGUUAUAUGUUUUUAAUUGAUGAUAUAUAAAUGUACAUACUUACUCA